UGCUAGUGCAACAACACUGAUUUUGUGUCUUCUUGUCCCGAUGAAGUUUACAUGUUUGAGCAAAGGGAAGGGCUUCCAUUUUCCGCCAUGUCAGAUGAUCAAUAUGUGUGGGUUUCAGAUUUUAAUUGAUUGCCCAAUUGACCUUUCAGCCCUGGGAAUCUUUUCUCCUGUUCCCACUUAUUCUUAUCAACCCCCAAACAUCCAGUUCCCAAAUUCAUCAAUACAGAAUUCAGUUUCUGAUUCGAGGGAUCAGAAAAGGCGUAGAGUCAAUGAAGCCCUCGAAGCAGAUGAUCUGAUUAAAGCAGUGCCUUGGUAUAAGACUGUUAAUACAAUGCACUUACUGGAUAUUUCAUUCAUUGAUGUUAUAUUAAUCUCCAGUCCAAUGGGUAUCCUUGGGCUGCCAUUUCUUACUCGAAAUAAGAAUCUCUCAGCUAAGAUUUAUGCAACUGAGGCAGCUGUAAGGAUUGGACAGCUUAUGAUGGAAGAUCUUGUUUCAAUGCAUAUGGAAUAUAGGCAAUUUUAUGGGCCUGAGGAGGACAGGUUCCCUCAUUGGUUGAAAUGGGAGGAGCUUGAAACGCUUCCAUAUGAAUUGAGGGAGAUUAUUAUGGGAGAAGAUGGGGCAGAUUUGGGUAGCUGGCAGCCCUUGUAUAAUGUAACAGAUGUGAAGGAUUGUAUGCAGAAAGUACAGUCUGUUAGAUUUGCCGAAGAAGUCUGCUACAAUGGAACAUUGAUUUUAAAAGCAUUCAGUUCUGGCCUGGAAAUAGGAACAUCUAACUGGACAAUACAUGGUCCAAGAAGAAACAUUACCUGUUUGUCAAGCUCCAUCUUCGAAUCUGCUCAUGCAAUGAGUUUUGACUACAGUUCUCUUCAAGGGAAUGAUCUGAUCCUAUUUUCUGAUUUCUCAUUGUUGCAUGAUGAAGUUGAUGUUAGUAAGGAUUCCCUUGCCCAUAUGAAUCAGAUAGAGUCUGAGGUCAACCACCCAACUGCCUGUAGUUUCUCAGCCCUAAGGAAUGAUGAUAAUGAUGGGAAGAAUUUCAUCCAAUCACUCAUUGGUACUGAAGAAUAUUCAGAGGAGAUGGACAAGCUUGCUUUCAUCUGCUCCUGCGCCAUAGACUCUGUUACACAAGGAGGUUCUGUCCUUGUACCCAUUGGUCGACUUGGAAUUGUGCUGCAGCUUUUGGAGCAGAUAUCACUAUCUCUUGAAUCUGCAAACCUAAAUGUUCCCAUAUUUGUUAUAUCUAGUGUGGCAGAAGAAUUGUUAGCAUUCACCAAUAUUGUGCCCGAAUGGUUAUGCGAGCUGCGUCAACAAAAGCUGUAUUCUGGCAAUCCAUUGUUUGGGCACGUGGAGCUAAUAAAAGAAAAGAAGCUUCAUUUGUUUCCAACAGUUCAUUCACCAAAUUUACUGAAAAUGUGGCGAGAACCUUGUAUAGUGUUUUCUCCUCACUGGUGUCUGCGGCUUGGUCCUGUUGUUCCCUUGCUUCAUCGGUGGUUUAGGGAUCAACACUGUUUACUUGUACUGGAGCAAGAGGUGGAUACUGCUCUUGCUCUUUCACCUUUCAAGCCAGUAGCGAUGAAGGUCCUUCAGUGUUCGUUUCUUUCCGGAAUGAAGAUGCAGAAAAUUCAGCCUUUGCUAGAGAUUUUACAGCCGAAAUUUGUUCUGUUCCCCGAGGAUUUGAAACAGAACUUUGCUAUCAAGAUGAAUUCAUGUUCAUUCAUUCACUACUCAGAAAAUGAAGUUGUAUGCGUUCCAACAGUGAUGGAUGAUUUUAAAGUUGAUUUGGAUACAGACUUGGCAAACCAGCUUCAGCCAAGAAUAAUGAAACAGGAAAACAUGAAAAUUGCAAGAUUGAAGGGGCAGUUACAUGUAAAUCACAGGAAACAUUUCUUGGUCUCUAAAAGGGAAGUGAUUGAUUUUUCACAAAGUCAAAUGCUCCAGAAAUAUUGUACCGCUUUAGAAAAAAGAACAUUCCUGCAAUGGGGUCUGCUUGAUCCAGAUCUUGUAUUGCUAGCCUUGCAGGAAAGGGGCAUUGCUGGGUUGGUGGAUGAAGACAGAAAUGCUGGAGAACAUAAUACAUGUUUUCUACGCAUCUAUAAGCCCAAGAAUGCUUUGAUAGAAAUUAGUCCAACACAGACUGUUAUCAGUACAGCCAAUGAGACUUUGGCAUCUACUCUUUUUAAAACCAUAAACAAUAUUUUGGAUGGCAUUUAGUAGAUUGGGAGUUCAUAUUGUGGAUUUUUGCUUCUACUGUUGCUUCACUCUAUUUUGAUACGCAGGACAUCAAGUUCGACAAUGAAACUGGUACCAUAAUAUUCAAAGAAGCGGUGGGAUUCACCCCUUUUGAAUCUUUCACAAAGGCCAUUGAGUGAGGUAUAAGGAAUGUGAUAAUGUCGCAGCUCCUAACUUCUGAAUCUUCUAUACUUUCAUCUAAGAGAUUACUUAAUCCAGGUUUGGUAGUAAGAUGGUGAAGGACGUCCUUGUUACUGAAGCCUCUACCGUUGUUUGGUAUUUUCAUUUAGGCUCUGUUUGUUUUCCUGUAAAAUAUUAUAUUUAAACCUUUCACUUGGAAAUUUACAUGGAAAAUUUUAC